AUGGCUACUCGGAUUAGAUUUGGUACAUUGAGGUUGCUUCGAGGAGGCGCAAUUCGGAGUUCGGCUUUCGGAAAAAAUAAAUACCUUGGGCACUUGUCGCCGUGCAUUCCUUCUCGUGGCCUUUCGUCCACGCCUCGAAGGCAUUUUGCUACCGUUUCAGACCAAGCUAUCGACUCAAGGCUUACCGCCGAACGAUUCGUCGACGAGGCUGACGUUGUUAUAGUUGGAGGAGGGCCGGCAGGCCUAUCUGCAGCGAUCCGAUUGAAACAGCUUGCGAAUGUCGAAGGGAAAGAGGUUAGAGUAGUCGUGAUUGAAAAAGCCAGCGAAAUUGGGGCGCACACCGUUUCAGGCGCAGUUAUCGAACCUCGUGCUCUUAACGAACUGAUUCCUGACUGGAAGGAACGAGGUGCUCCCCUAAAUCAGCCGGCGACAAAAGAUGACUUGCGAUUUUUAACAAAGAAAUGGGCGAUCCCCGUUCCGUCCACACCGCAGAUGUCGAACAAGGGGAAUUAUGUUGUUAGUUUGAACAAAUUUGUAAAGUGGCUGGGAGAACAGGCAGAAGAGAUUGGCGUCGAAGUGUAUCCCGGCUUUUCCGCGAGUGAGGUUUUAUACAAUGAAGAUGAUAGUGUACGUGGCAUCGCCAUCAGUGACAUGGGCCUCGAUAAAGACUUUAAACCAAAGGAUAAUUUUGAGCGUGGCAUGGAGUUUCGAGCCAAGGUCACCCUUUUCGCCGAGGG